AUGGCGGACGCCGAGACUUUCGCAUUCCAGGCGGAGAUCAACCAAUUGCUCUCACUCAUCAUCAACACCUUUUACAGCAACAAGGAGAUCUUCCUCCGUGAACUCAUAAGCAACUCCUCCGAUGCGUUGGACAAGAUUAGGUUUGAGUCGUUGACGGACAAGAGCAAGCUCGAUGGUCAGCCUGAGCUUUUCAUCCACAUCAUUCCCGACAAGGCUAACAACACCUUGACCAUCAUCGACAGUGGUAUCGGUAUGACCAAGGCUGAUUUGGUCAACAACCUUGGAACCAUUGCUCGGUCUGGCACCAAGGAGUUCAUGGAGGCUUUGGCUGCCGGUGCUGAUGUCAGCAUGAUUGGUCAGUUCGGUGUUGGUUUCUACUCUGCUUACUUGGUUGCUGACAAGGUUAUUGUCACCACCAAGCAUAACGAUGAUGAGCAGUACGUUUGGGAGUCUCAGGCUGGUGGGUCUUUCACUGUUACGAGAGAUACCUCUGGGGAGAGUCUUGGUAGAGGCACGAAGAUGACUCUUCAUCUUAAAGAGGAUCAGUUGGAGUAUCUUGAGGAGAGGAGGCUUAAGGAUUUGGUUAAGAAGCACUCUGAGUUUAUUAGCUACCCUAUCUCCUUGUGGGUUGAGAAGACUGACGUUUUGGGAGACAAAGUGGAGAAGGUUAUUGUCUCGGACCGUGUGGUUGACUCACCGUGCUGUCUUGUGACGGGCGAAUACGGCUGGACAGCAAACAUGGAGAGGAUCAUGAAAGCACAGGCCUUGAGAGAUAGCAGCAUGGCUGGGUACAUGUCGAGCAAGAAGACGAUGGAGAUCAAUCCAGAGAAUGCAAUCAUGGAGGAGCUGAGGAAGAGAGCUGAAGCUGAUAAGAAUGACAAGUCGGUGAAGGAUCUCGUUCUUCUCCUCUUUGAGACUGCCCUUCUCACAUCUGGAUUCAGCCUGGACGAGCCCAACACUUUCGGAAGCAGAAUCCAUAGGAUGUUGAAGCUUGGACUGAGCAUUGAUGAAGAUGAUUCUGUUGAAGCUGAUGCAGAGAUGCCUCCUCUUGAAGAUGACGCUGAUGCUGAAGGGAGCAAGAUGGAAGAAGUUGAUUAA